AUGAAACGAGCUCUUGCUGCUGUUGCCCUGACGGCAUUAGCGGUGGUUUUGAUUCGAAACAGUCAUAGUGGCGACUUCACCACCAUACUCACGCGCUCAGAGUCUCUAUCGGAUGCGCCACCAUUGAGACAAUCGGAAUUUUCCCCUCCAGCGUUUAAUGAGUCAACCUACAUUUUCAACGCUGUCCACAACCAGCUACGGCACGUUGGAAAUGCUAUGGCUCCUAAUGGAAUGACGUUUACCCCGGGAUUCGUGCCUCCGGGAACCGUUCUAUAUCACGGCAUGAACAGAAAGGAACUUCCGCAGGACCUUGACUGGUUCGCCUUUGACCCAGAGUAUUCCUUCACAAUGUGUUGCAACAUCGGGCAUGCCUUUGGUAAUCCCCAUAUUACAACUGCCCAGGUGGUGGAACCGCUCAAGAUUGUAUACAUUGACGGUGCCAGUGCGUCUCUGUCCUCCGAUCUGGGGACCAUGGACUCUCAGGGUUUUCUUCUAGACGAUCCCAUCGACACCUGGAAUGACUACACUGAGUUUGCACGAGGUGAUCGUCUGUGCAGACUUUUCAAGGAAAAUGGCUUUAAGCUGGAUGGUUUUGUGCGUAUGAACACGGGCUUUGAGCUCCUAAUGUGCAACAUGACCAACCCCAAGGUGGAGUAUGUCAUGAACAAUGCCAUUGCGGUCAGUGAGGAGGAAGGUACCGCUGGCCUGAUGAAGCGAAGUAGCUUUGAAGUUGGUCAGACUUUCUUGUCGAGAGACAGAUUUGGCAAUCUGCUGGUUCGUCCCUCUCGAGAAUUCAACUUCUUUGAUUAUGACUGGGUCAAGAGCAUGGAACGUACUCAUUCCAGUGCAGGGGAAGAGCGGGUGGAGCUUGAUUAUCGGGGACUGGUGACCAUUUACGGCAUGGAGGGCAGCCGAGACAUCGAUUUUCCAAAAAAUGUGUCUCAGCAUCGACUGCUCACGGGUUCUGAGGCUCUGAGACAGGAGCUAAGGUCGCAGCUUUGGGAGGCAGACAAACACACAAGAACCUACGAUCCGUACAGAAUCAAUUGGAGAACGGUGACGGACAACCUUGUGUACAAGAUGGCGCCUAUUUUGGCUCAGAUUAAAAAUGGUCUUGGGCAGCUGGAGGCUGGGACCAGCUCUUUGAACGAUACGUCCAAGCAUCUUGGUGGUAUCACGUCCAUGUUACGACUGAGAUUUGAGGGUGAUGAAGAGCUCGCUAACAGUACAAGACAUGAUGUUGAUGCUCAGGUUGAACGAUGUGCCAAAACAUACGCUUCUGACUUCCAUAAGUACGACGUCACGCCUUUUGAGGAAAAAGUGAGGUUCGCCAUCAGACUUGUUUCCACUGCAGUGUGUUCUGUAAUCAUGGAAACUGCAGAUUGGGCAAACAAGGUACAGACUCGUGUCGGCAACGUUUCUGAAGAGCUUCCAUCUAAGUUGCAUGCUGACGUUUCGGAUCUGAUAUCUGAUCUCAACUGGUCCUAUUUUGUUUCUUGUACUCAUCGGUGCAAGGACAACGAGGUCUGCUAUCUCCCCACCUGGCCCCAUGGAGGUCGAGAGCCCCAUAUUCCGGCAGAGCCUCUUCAGUGUAGAACCAUUGAGGAUCUCAGGAAGAGUAGAGGGCUGUAG